UUCAUCCAGGCCUUUGCCCCAGAUGUAAAAAAGGAGUACGCUGGGCUGGAGAAUGUCGGUCUCUAUUUGACAAACACGGAAAUCCACUAUCACCCAGACCUUUUCACAAAACACAGAAUUCGGGAAACGGCUUAACGAGUGCCUAGAGCGGCAUGUGGACACAAAAAGCUCUUUUAAGCAAUCAAAUCUACCCCUCUCAAACAGUUCCCAACAAAAACCCCAAACGGGUGCCUUUAAAUUGGAGCUAGCAACUUCAAAACCUCAAACCUUAGAAAAAACAGAGUAUCACACGGUGUUAUUAGCUUCUGCUUCUUCUCAGGUUUCAGAUUUUAAAGGUAAAGGUGUUAUCACAGGAACAGAUUCUGCAACUGCAUUAGGCAUUACUGUGUUACCUAUGGUUAUGAGUCUCCAAGAUCCUAAAGUUGUGUCUGUUGUAAUUAAACCUAAUUUUGUACCCACAGUGAUUAAUCCAGUGGAUCAAAUAGCACAGGUCAUACCCAUAGAGGCAGAAACCCAGAUUGAACAGGGAAUUUGUAUCAAUUGGGCUCAAAAGGUUACUCUUGACAGACCUAUAAUAGAAUGUACUCUUCUCUCUCCUAAUUCAGGCCAACAGAAAUCUGUGUCUGGGUUACUGGACACGGGCGCAGACCUUACCAUAAUCUCUGCCAAAGAUUGGCCCAGCACCUGGGGCACAACAAAGCCAGCUGUCGACAUCCAGGGAGUAGGAGGAUCCAAAACUCCUCUCCGGAGCAUUUUACCACUUCUGGUCCAAGGCCCACAGGGAGCAGGUCCAAAAUGGAUACCGUCCAGACUAGUAAGAAUCCACCAAGAAGUUUCCCUCCCAGCUCAACCAGCAGCAGAUCCAGCACCAACAGAUUCAGCACCAACUACAGGAAGCGAUCCCUCAUCAGCAUCAUCUUCGGGAUAA